AUGAUACGAUCUCAACAAGGGGUACCAAGCACUGAUGCAAUACAGACCGGCUUCUGUGGUGUUGAAACUCAAGGACCAAGAGUUCUUCAAGAGAUGCCUGGCCAUCUGUCUUAUUACGAUAUUUUUGUUCGCUUUUCCCAGGACGAAAUCUCCGAAUGGGCCAUUCUUGACGUGGUCAACGAGUAUCUUUUUAAGGCAAUGAUGUUUUCUGAUGAUAUAUUGGGCCGAUUUCUACAUCAAAUUAUUUAUCUGAGAUGCACCAUGGAACUCAACCAGCAUCUUCUGGUGGCCGAAGCCCUGGUGGCAAGUUGUAUGCACGAUGACUGGCCACAUACAUUUCCUAUUCCUCAUUGGAAUCUUGCGCAAUCCCGUACAAAGAGCACCUUCAAGUCCAUUCUCGAAAUUAUAAAUGAUCUGUACUGUGAUCCUGUGAUCAAAAACGACGUUCAAACGUUAGAUCUUCUGAAUAAAAUUAGCAACGGUCUCCUAGCUCAGAUGCGCGGGGCAUGA